UUUUGACAUUGCCAAAAUACAUUACUUUUCUCUGUUGUUUUUCUCAUCGCGAGACACUAUUAAACUAAACAAAAUGACGAAACUAGCAGACAACGUAAACCCAAACGUCUACGACAAGGGUUCGGAGCGGGAGAAGACUUCAGAAGACUAUAAUGAAGACAUAGAAGAUUUGUUUGAUGAGCGGGAAAUUUUCGAUUUAAUUCGCAAUAUUAAUGAUCCCGAGCACCCGCUGACGUUGGAAGAGCUCAGAGUUGUGGAGGAAAGUAAUAUAAAGGUGGAUAAUAAGGAUAAUACGGUCGUUGUAAGCUUUACGCCGACUAUUCCACACUGCAGCAUGGCUACGUUAAUAGGUCUAUCAAUUCGAGUCCGUCUCCUUCGAGCAUUGCCCAGCCGUUUUAAAGUGACCGUAGAAGUCUCCGAGGGCUCCCACGUAUCUGAGCAUGCGGUAAACAAGCAGUUAGCGGAUAAGGAGAGGAUAGCUGCUGCGUUAGAGAAUAAGAAUCUAGUGCAAAUAAUUAAUCAGUGUAUUGCUACGGUCUAGGUUGUAAUAAGGUAGAUGACUAAUGUUUAUUUUAAUGUCCGUCUUGUAGAUUAUUUUAAAAUAUUAGACACGUAUUUUUUAUUUUCUCAUGGAAACAAAUACUUUCGAAGAUAUAUUGAUUUGAAAUAUCGCGUGUUGUCACUUCUAAGUACGUUUUAUACGUAGAAAUGACGUAUUUGUCCCCACUCCUAAACUUUGAUUCGUUUUAUCUAAGUAUUGUAAUCUUAUAUGACAAAAUAUAAAAAUAUGUGUCUAAUAUUUUUUCAUUACCUAACUGACGGACUAAAUAGAUUUUUAAUUUUCAUACCCCGUCAUCAUCCCUAUUAGGGAUAAAUGCUCAUUUCUUUUGUAUAUGAGAAGGACUUUGCCCAGCAGUGGAUCUGUUUACAAUCUUAUCUAUUACUAGCUACCCGCCCCAGCUUCGCAUGAGUGCAAUGGUGAUAUAUUAUGCAUGUAUUAUACAUAUAAACCUUCCUCUUGAAUCACUCUAUCUAUUAAAAAAACCGCACCAAAAUCCAUUGCGUAGUUUUAAAGAUUUAAGCAUACAAAAGGACAUAGGGACAGAGAAAGCGACUUUGUUUUAUACUAUGUAGGAAAUAAAACUCGAAAUGUUUAAAAAAAAAUGUAUAUAAUGUAUAUUUUAUUUUAAUAAAACAAUAUGUAAUAAAAAAAACAUUUUUGAUUAUAUUUAUAUCCUUAUAAUUACAUAGAAAACAUAGUUGUUUAAGUUUUUAAACUGACAUGGUCACUAACACUAGUAUUAGAACUCGAAACGAGAUAUUUACCAUGUUUUUCUAUUUUUAUGAUGUUCCAAUAUUUCGGUACUGUGUCAGCAAAAAACGAACGAGAAAGAGGGUAGACCGAUUUGUCUGCUCUUAAACAUCCACCCGCAUAUACUCCAGUUCAUCCGUGAUCAUGGCGCUUGCAACAGUGCCGAAAUAUCGGAAACUUAUAAAAAUAGAAAAACAUGGUAAAUAUCCCGUUUC